AUGAGCGCCUCCCAUCUUCACAUCACCUUUCACCUGUAUCUUUCCAACCUCAAUGAAUCCUCCAGGGGCGACUGGUUCAUUCAUAAAGCCACCUUGUUGUACUAUGCAAAGCACGGUUUAGAUGUCAAGCAUCCCAUCGUCAACAAUAAAUUACACGGCUUUUGUGAGGAGGGGCAUUUUUUCUUACCCAAAAUACCCAACCAGGUUCAGGUGUUUCCUGGUGCGGGACCAGGCCUUAGCCACUGUCCACUCCGCUCCAAAUUCACACCGGGCAAGUGGAGCGAAAGUGAAGUGACAGUCUUCCAGGAAGAGAUUGAGAAGUGGUGUCGUGAGGGUAUCUGA